AUGGCCCGUGAUUUCCUUGCAGUUCCAGCGAGUGGUGUUGGUGUCGAGAAUCUGUUCAGUACUGCUCGGGAUGUUUGCCACUAUCGCCGUAACCGCCUCGCACCCGAAACAAUUGAAGCAAUUAUGAUCCAAAUGUCUGCUGACCGCUUUGAACUGAAACGGGAAUACAUAUCUGUUGAAGAUGGUGACAAUGAUGAGCAGAACGAUGUGGGAUAUGUGGAUUUCAAUGUUGAAUUGGAUGUCAACUAUAUCAGUGAUGAAGAGGAUCUAGGUGGAUUUGAGGAUGAUGAUAGAGAUCGCUGGGCUGAUGACGAUGAGGAAGAUGGACUCAGUCUACCUCCACUGCAGUCUUACCAGCGACCGUCUGCCAUCCAUUCACCAUCCAUGAACGCAGAAGCUCAUUCUACGACAAGCCAGUCGGAGGUUAUAAACCCACAUCCUCAAUCUGCAACAACCCGGCCACGUCGUGUUAUCCAUGAACCUGGAUAUUUUCAGCGCCUUGAGAACGGUAAAUAG